ACCCAUUGGGUUCCCUCCAGCCAGACUUUAGACCUACUGGAAACUAUAGAGACACCUGAGUGUCGCCCCACUGGCUAAACUAUCCCGUCACAAUGUUGUCACGAACGCUGACUGUUCCUUUGAUCUUUGCUUUGGCUGGUCUUGCUAUCUCAGCCCCCGUUACUGAUGGAACAGAGGCAGACAAUGAUGGUGCCAAAGAUGGCGGAGCCCCCACUAUCAGCCCGGAAGUUGCAGCAGCAGCUGGAGUCUCCGCAGGGACCACAGAUGGGACUGACUCCAGUAAAGAGCUAGCAGGAGGUGCAGUGGAUUCCUCAACUGAUACAACAGACACCCCAGAUGCCAGUAGCAGUGAUACAUCCACAGACACAAACAACAGAGAUACCAGUGUGGAAACCACAGGCAAUCCUGAUGCCUCUGAUGCCCCAGAUGCAGCUGAAGCAGCAGGCAGCCAAGAUACAACGGAUGCAGCUGAUGCCUCUGAGGCUGUGACAGAGACCGUAGACACUUCUGAUAUACCAGAUACAGAUGGUGCUGAUGACAGGGGGAAGGUGUCAGCAGAGGUGUCAUCAGAGGAUUUGGACACAACAGAUGUGGAUAAGUCUCCAGGAAAUGACUCCACAGAGUCUCCAGGAAGUGACUCCACAGAUGAAGCGCUGACAGACGUGCAAGCGGACUCUGCUGAUGUGACCAGUGAUGACACGGAUGAGGCCACAGAGACGGACAAAGAUGGUGACAAGAGUGACGACAAGACUGAUGCAGAUGCUGCCACAGACAAAGACGACAGUGUUGAGGAUAAGGACACUGAACUAGAUGCUAAGGCCCCUGCAGAAGAGAAAGACAGUGCAGAAGAAACACAGACAGAGGAAACGGCGGACAGCGACAGCAAACAAGACGCUGCAGACUCAGACGCUGACACAGACGAAAAAGACGACAAGAACAACUCAGAUGACAGCAAAGACAACAGCAAGGACACCACAGAAGAAGACGACAAGAACGACUCAGAUGACAGCAAAGACAACAGCAAGGACACCACAGAAGAAGACGACAAGAACGACUCAGAUGACAGCAAAGACACCAGCAAGGACACCAGAGAAGAAGAUGACAAGAACGACUCAGAUGACAGCAAAGACAACAGCAAGGACACCAGAGAAGAAGACGACAAGCCAGACAAAGAUGAUAAGAAAGACAGCGACAGCGCAGACAACAGCAACGAUGACAGCGAUGAGGUGAUCCAGGUCCCCAAGGAGGAACCAGAGAAGCAGGAAAUGAACCUGGAGGAGGGAGGAGUGAUUGGCAGCCAGGAAGAGGCUGAAGUAGCAGACAUGGAGGAGAGAAGUGAUGUGGGGGACCAGAAGCCUGGCCCUGAAGACAGCAUCGAGGUGGGAAGCCCUGUAGGGAGCCAAGAUUUUGAGCCUCCACAGGAUUCGGAGGAGGAGGCGGAGCUGGAGGCAAAGGAGGAGGAGGAGCUAGAGAAGGCGGAGGCGGAGGAGGAGAGGAAACUAAAAACAUUAGAGUCUGACAGUGAGGAGGACAGUAAGGAGGACAGUAAGGAUGAGAGUGCGGCUGAACCAGACUCCAACAGUAAGAAGGACAUUGGGACCAGCGAUGCCCCUGAACCACAAGAGGAUGACAGUGAAGAGGACACUGAAGCCCAGCCAGAGGACACUGAUGAUAGCAUGAUGAAAGAGCCCAAAGAUUCUGACAGUGCUGAGUCUGACAAAGAUGAUAUGGACAAAGAUGAUAUGGACAAAGAUGAUAUGGACAAGGAUGAUAUGGACAAAGAUGAUAUGGACAAGGAUGAUAUGGACAAAGAUGAUAUGGACAAGGAUGAUAUGGACAAGGAUGAUAUGGACAAAGAUGCCUCUGACUCAGAGGAUGACCAUUCUGAAUCUGAUGCAGAGCCAGACUCACACACAGAUGACGAUGAGAUGGAUGGGGCAGAAACAAUGACUCCAGAUUCAGAAGAGAUAAUGAAGUCUGAUGAGAUGGACUUGGCUGUCGAGGCAACUGAAGCUGUUACAGCUGACAUGCUGGACCAACCAGACCAACAGGAUGACACGACACAGGGUGCCUCGCAGGCCGCUGAUGCUGCUGCCACCGCCCCAGCAGCCCAGUCUUAGCCCUGUGGGUUGAGACGACAGCACACUGUGGAUGGAGUCAGACAGUUUGAUAGACCCAUCAUGGUGAAUCCCACAGAAAACUGACAACAAGCAAUAUCAACAAAAACUUUAGUCAAAUGUUGCUCUUAAGUUCCUUAACCCUCUUUUGCCCCUCAAAAUGGUGAAGGUGUGUGCAGUGUCUACGAGGAUAAAAUUAAAUUAUUCUACUUUUUUGGUGUACAUUACAUUUUUACCCACUUUUUGACUGUAUUGUUUUUUGGGUAGUUUGAUAUUGGACCAUGAAGAAUGUAGUUUUUUCAACUUUGUUUUUGUUAAAGACAGUUUAUUUAGUUACACCCCUGUCGUAUCAACUAGCAUAUUGAUAAGAUGUCACUAUGUUCUCUUACAAUGCCCUUGAGAUAACCAGAAGUCUGUUUUUUAAGAUAACAUUCAGUCAUUGUUGGUUUUCUAUGUUUCUGCAAGGUUUCUACUGUUUUCUCUUGCUUUCCUAUUAUGCAUUGCUGUCUCAGUCCUUGACAGAAAGCUCAAUUGGCACUUUGUCCUUCUAACCAAUAACGGCUGCUACAUUUGAAAAAUAACUCCAACUGACUCUCAGCUCAACAUUCGUUUUUUUUAUUAUGAAAAACACAAGGUCAUUUAUACAAAAUGAAGUGUACAUACAUUUUAUGACGCGAAAAUGUCUUUGAUAAGGUAUACAAAACAAAUCUAGAGAAAGUACUAGAAAAAUGUGAUCUAUAUUGGUCGGAAAAAUUGUAAAAUAACAAUUGUAUAGACAUAAUGAGAAUGUCAUUUUAAUAUGUACACGGGGGAAAUCUAAUAAAGACUGAGUUGUCGGCAAGUUUUUGGGGAUAAAAA